ACUUCCUACUGCAAUGUUUUUUUAAGAAAAGAAAUAUAUAACGAUAAUAAGCGCUCUGAAAUUUUAUAAAUGUUAGUAUUGUGAAUUAAAGGGUGCUACUCUGUCUGGCAAAGACUGGAGUUGUUGGUUGGAGGAAAUCGGGGAAACCAACCAAAGGGAACCGGGAAGGCAAUCGGGACGUGAUCGGGACUGUAGGGACCAGUGAUCGGGACGUUGGGGAAGAGGGGUGCUCCGGUCCGACGUUGGACGUGGGUUGCGCCAGUUGCGCUCUUCUCGUUGUUCCCCAGUUUAUUCUUAUUCCGAGCAGAAGAAGCCUCCACCACGAAGGAAUGACCGUCGACUGAGUAUAGGGACCAGGGACCGAUUCGCGCGACCCACACGAUGGGCUUUGCCUGGAGCCGUCCUCCGGACAGCCCCGCCGGCGAACAGCAGCUGACGCUGGAGAUGCAGACCCUGGAGCUGGAGCGGCAGAUCCACCUGCGCGGGCUGCUGCAGCGGCGCAAGCUGGCUCUGAAGAUCGCCGAGGCCCGCGAGCUCUUCUUCUGGCUGACGGCCUUCUACGCGUUGUCGGCGGCGGGAAUGGGCCUCGGGUUCCAGAGGACCCGGAGGCUGAGCACCCUGGCGCCGCUGCUGCCACUCACCUUCGUCCUUGCCUAUCAGGGGGAUUCAGCGUACGGCAGCAAGCAGGACCGCAUCAGAGGGGAGGCCGAGAACAUCCUGGUGUACGAGCCAGAGCUGCUUGAGGCACCCCUGGGGCUGCCCACGGUAGGCGGCAUCGACGAGAGCAGGGAGAAAGCCAGGGACGAGGAGAGUUUCUCCAAGGCACACGACAUCUUCCUAUGA